CGCUGACACUGCAACCCCAUCCCUGAUUGCCAACCAUCCACAUCCACAACAUCCACCCGUCCACACCACGCAUAUUCACUUGCCGCAACCCGCAGUACAGCUGCGCGCUGUGGUUUGGCAUUGCGACCACAGUACGACGACACAUACACUCACACAUACAUACACUUACACAUACAAGCACACACGCAUACACGCUUACGACCGCUGGGAUGAGUAGCGGGAAUGGGGCGCGCGUGAACAUGAUGGCGGGCGCCGGUGCUGGCGUGAUCAACUGUGUGCUGUGCUCCCCGUUGGACGUCGCCAAGGUCAGGCAGCAGCUGCAGGGCGCGUUUGUGCCGGGAUCGCCCAAGUAUGAGGGCGUCUUUUCAACGGUGCGCACCAUCUACAAGGAGGAAGGCGCGCCAGGUUUGUUUCGGGGCCUGAGGCCAAGCCUCAUGACCAUGCCACUGUUCUGGGCCAUCUACUUUCCCGUGUACGGUGCCAUGAACCAACGCCUGGCGCUCAUGUCCAACGGAGACAGCGCAACCUGGCAGCACUGCGUCGCCGCCAUCACCGCCGGCUUUGCCGCCGACUGCGCCACCAACCCGCUCUGGGUGGUGCGCACACGCAUGAUCAGCGACAUCUACCACUCGCCAGACACCCCGACGCCAUCUGGGCUCGCGCCCAACGGAGCAGAGUCACCCGCCGUCACUCGACUCGGCGUCUUCCGGCGCAUGCUGUACAUCGGGCGCACGGAGGGCGUGACCGCCUUGUACAAAGGCUUGUCCGCGUCCAUGCUCGGGCUCUCACACGUGGCCAUCCAGUUCCCCGUGUACGAGAAGUUCAAGCAGUUUGCGCGGCGACACCGGAACGACAGCAAGGAGACCAUCCUGGACCUCAUCGUCUCGUCAGCGCUAUCAAAGGCCAUUGCAUCCACCAUCACAUACCCGCACGAGGUCGUGCGGUCGCGGCUGCAGGACUCGCGAUCAAGGACCCGGCUACGGGACGUGGUGCACCGCAUCAUGGUGGAGGAGGGUUGGCACGGCUUCUUCCGUGGCCUGCAAGUCAACCUAGUGCGCGUGCUUCCUUCCUGCGUCACCGUCUUUGUCUCCUAUGAGCUCAUCUCGCGUGCCAUCACCACUCAGUUUCCGUCCCUUGCCAACUCGUCCAGUUAACAGUGUAUCUGUGUGUGUGUGUGUGUGUGUGUAUGUGUGUGUGUAUCUG